AUGAAUGGGAUUGCUUUAGCUUGUGUCGAUGAAAUGCUCAAUAAAACACCCCUCAUUGAUUUGGAAUCGACUAAGUUGUUGGUUCUUUUCCAAAACAAUGGUGGAUCCCUCAUAGUUUUGGAUCCGGUGACUUAUACUGUAGAGGCUGAAAAGUUACUAAAACCAGUUAACUUGUGGCCCUCAGAACUAGUUUUGGUCUUUCCCAAAGAUUUUUUCCGAAAGACGUACUCAUAUUUGAAAUGGCAUCCUCAUACUCAACAAAAUAGUACUAGGAGUUAUUACCAGACCAAAUCAAAAGCUAAGGUUACUAUGCGUCCACCACGUGGAGUUCGAGGCCGAGGUCGGGCUCGAGGUGUCCUUCAGGACGAGUCUAAGGCUCCUGAGGUUAUGCGUUCACUGCCUCGAGUUCGAACUCGUGGAGGCCGAGAUCAGGGCCGUGGCCGGGGCCAGGCCGAAGUGCAUCGUCAGGAAGAGGAACAUGCUUCCGUCGAGGACAUACCUUUGGAUGAGGUUAUGCGUUCACUGCCUCGAAUUAGAACUCGAGUAGGCCGAGGUCGGGGCCGGGGCUGGGGCAAGGCCAAAGUGCCUCGUCAGGAAGAGCAAGAUGUUGUCUUCGAGGACAUACCUGAGGAUGAGGUUAUAGCACCGCAGCCACCGGUUAUAGCAUCGCAGCCACCGCUAGGGGAAGUGGUUAUAGAACAGUCACCGGAAGAGGUUAUUCGAGGCCGAUGUCGACGUCGGGGCCGUGGCCGGGGCCGGGCAGAAGCACAGCAACAUGACGAUGUGCCUUUGGAUGUGGGUGGUCCGGAGGACCUAUCCUUGCUAAAGAGUUUUCGCACACAUGUGGCUAAAGCCAUUUUGGAGGGAGAAGAGAGGGGUACAUUAAGAUUGCAUCAACACUCGGGUCUUUUGGGCACUUGGGUAGUUACAGAAGACAGGUUCAAACAAAAGGUGUUGAAUUCGGGCUUGCUUCCGUUGUGUAGCAUAAAUAAAAACGCGCAAUGCAAUUCCUUUAGAAUCGCUGCAUUUGUUGAAAGGUGGCAUCCGGAGAUGAACACCUUUCACUUUGACUUUGGUGAGAUGGGGUUGACAUUAGAUGACGUAGAACAUCUACUCGGGAUACCUGUUCGUGGAUUGCCUGUGUACACGGAGGACGAGAGGACGCCAAAAGAACUGUUAAUGGAUUUGCUUGGUGUGUCGAACGAAGUAGCGACAAAUGCAAUUACUGUGAAUGCAGUUAAACGGUAUACAGUUAAGUUGAGUUGGUUGGAGAUGAAUUUCAAAGACGUAAAUGAGACGGACACAGACGAGCGGGUUGUGUGUUGUGCUCGUGUGUACCUGCUAUAUGUCAUUGGCUGCACCCUUUUUUGUGACAAGUCAGGUGGGUUCGUACAGCUUGACCUCCUUCCACUAUUGGAGGAUUUAGAUCAGGUUCAUACGUACGGAUGGGGCUCUAGUUGCUUGGCAUAUUUGUACAGAAAUCUUGGUUAUGCGAGUAGGAGGAAUGCAAAGCAGAUUGGUGGAUUUCUUAUAUUACUAGAGGCGUGGAUAAACGAGCACUUCCCAACGCUACAUCCUGUUGUUGACCCAGUGUACACGAAAGAGCUUCCACGGGCACGACGUUGGUGUUUGCAUAGCGAGAGUGGCACUAGUGUAUAGCACUACCGGCGCGUGUUGGACAACUUACUUGUAGAUGAGGUGAUAUUUGACCCGUACAAGGACCGCAGGCAAAAUGUCUCUGAGAUUGCUUUCUACACUGGUCCCAUUCAUGCCAUGUCCUAUGUGGAGCCAUACCUCCCCGACAGAGUCUUGAGGCAGUUUGGUCUAUUAUAGCGAAUACCCGCAGACCCUAUAGCACCUCAGCAUGCAUCGAGAGGCCAGCACACCUACAACGUUGUUUACGAAUGGACUGAAGGUUUUUGGUCUAGCCCUGACUACCACUUCGUGCCUGAGGAUAAGAGAGAGCGUACACCACCUGGGAUUCCUUGGGCGUGUACUGAUGACUACAUUCCGUGGUUAAGGGUGUUCUCGCACCCGAGGGUGGGACGUGGUCUGGCACCUGGUGGAGGGCGUGUUAGGCAGGGUCGUGAGGAGCAGGUUCGGGUUGUGUUGGAUGUGGUACACAGGGCUUUGGGCGAUACCGGACUUGGAGCUGUUGAGUUGCGGCAGGCACUGCAAAAUGUAGAAGCCAUUUUACGGUCGACAUUUGUUACUUAAAGGAGGCGGGGUGUUAGGGGGCGAGGUUAGAUGUUGGG